GGCAGCACAUUUCCUGUCUGCGCAGGAGCACUCGAUCCAGCGGUCAGGCGGCAGAAUACGGAACCGCCGGAUGAACGACUAGCGUAAACACUCAUGUUGUUGUUAGCGGUUAGCGUCUCCACCUGUCCGCUCACUAGUCUCCUCAUGUAACGACGAGAACAUGACUGUGUUUGCUCCAGAAACAACCCGCGCCACCGGCUGAGGCUACUCUGUCUGUAAGUAAACUAACGACACACACAGCAGCUCCCCCUCCCUCCUCCUCCUUUCGGCUCCUCCGGUAUCGGGUAUCAGAAUGGCGGACCCGACAGAACCAGCCCCGGGGCUGAGCAGCGUGGAGGAUGAGAAGACGGAGCGCAUCAACGACGCAGAGCUGGCACUGAAGGGAAUCAACAUGCUCCUCAACAAUGGAUUCAAGGAGAGCGACGAGCUCUUCAGGACAUACAGAAACCACAGUCCUCUGAUGAGUUUCGGUGCCAGUUUUGUCAGUUUUCUGAAUGCCAUGAUGACGUUUGAAGAGGAGAAAAUGCAGAUGGCCUUCGAGGACCUCAAAGCUACAGAGAGACUGUGUGAGAGUGAAAACACUGGGGUCAUUGAAACCAUCAAAAACAAGAUCAAGAGGAGUAUGGACUCUCAGAGGUCGGGGGUGGCUGCAGUGGAUCGACUCCAGCGGCAGAUCAUUAUUGCAGACUGCCAGGUUUACCUUGCAGUGCUGUCUUUCAUCAAACAGGAGCUGUCAUCCUACAUCAAAGGAGGCUGGAUCCUCCGCAAAGCCUGGAAGAUGUACAACAAGUGCUACAGCGACAUCACACACCUGCAGGAGGGCAGCAGAAGAAGGGCGUCAGAACAGCAAGCGACAGCGUCUCAUUCUCUGUCCUCCUCGUCCGACCUCUCCCACCACAGCCGCUCCUCUUCUCCCGGACCGAGCCCGUCUCAGAGACUGGACGGCGUCAACCAGGAGGCUCUGGAUCGGCUGAAAGGUUCUGUCAGCUUCGGCUACGGCCUCUUCCACCUCUGUAUCUCGAUGGUGCCGCCGCACCUGCUGAAGAUCGUCAACCUGCUGGGCUUCCCUGGCGACCGGCUUCAAGGCCUGUCAGCGCUCACGUACGCCAGUGAAAGUAAGGACAUGAAGGCCCCCUUAGCUACCUUGGCCCUCUUGUGGUACCACACAGUAGUACAGCCCUUCUUCGCACUGGACGGCACAGACACACAGGCAGGCCUGACUGAAGCCAAAUCCAUUCUCCAGCAAAGGGAGGCUACCUAUCCAAACUCCUCCCUCUUCAUGUUUUUCAAAGGCAGAGUUCAACGCCUUGAGUGCCAGAUCAGUAGUGCCUUGACGUCCUUCCGAGAUGCCUUAGAUCUGGCCUCUGACCAGAGGGAGAUUCAGCACGUGUGUUUAUAUGAAAUAGGUUGGUGCAGCAUGAUCGAACUGAACUACAGAGAAGCCUACAAAGCUUUUGAGCGACUCAAGACGGAAUCUCGCUGGUCCCAGUGCUACUACGCCUAUUUAACUGGAGUGUGCCAAGGAGCCACAGGUGACCUGGAGGGAGCUGUGUCUGUAUUCAAGGAUGUUCAAAAACUUUUCAAACGCAAGAAUAAUCAGAUAGAGUUGUUCUCCAUGAAGAGGGCUGAGAAGCUGAGGACUACCAGUCUAUCCAAAGAACUCUGCAUCCUGUCCGUGAUCGAGAUUCUUUAUCUGUGGAAAGCUCUGGCCAACUGCUCCACCGCGAAGCUGCAGACAAUGACACAAGUCCUGCAGGGGAUUGAUGAUGCGUCAUGCGCAGGACUGAGAAACCUGCUCCUUGGUGCCAUUAACAAAUGUCUUCAUAAUACCAAAGAUGCCAUUCAGUAUUUCCAUCUGGCUGCGAGGGAUGAGGUGGGUCGCCUGAGCAACUCUUACGUGCAGCCCUAUUCCUGCUAUGAGCUGGGUUGUGUGCUGCUGAACUCCCCAGAGUCUGUAGGGAAGGGCCGCAUGCUAAUGCUUCAGGCCAAGGAGGACUACGCAGGCUAUGACUUUGAGAACAGGCUCCAUGUUCGGAUUCAUUCGGCUCUCGCCUCGAUGAGGACUGACGUCCAGCCUUGACUUUAUCUGCACCUCAGAAAGAAAUGGAAAUCGUUUCUUUAAGGCAGCCACAACACCACUCUGGGCACUUCUGUUUUAUUUGUUUUAAUUUAUUUUCAAAUUCUGAGCCAAUUCAUCAUUUUAAAAUGUAUGCAGUAUACUGUAUAUUGAAAUGUUUUAUGGGAGAACAGUUACAAGAGGGUUUUGCUUUCUAUCUCUAAUCACGAUAAAUUAAACACAUCUUGCUUUAUUGUUUACAUGGUUAUGGCAUUUUAAUGAGAUGGAAAUCUAUUAAUUAAUUUGAAAAAAAAAAAAGAAAAACCAUCAGUCAUAUUGCUUCCACAGAGGGUCAGUUUUUCCUCUGAUAUGGAGACGGGUCAAGUAGAGUAAUGGCACAUAUCACAUUAACUGACAAAGCAAUUAAUAUGAAUGAUUCAGCCAUUGAUCUAAAGAAGCUGAUGUUCUUACCACCUCUGAUUUGGUUGUUGACUUUGCUAAUCAAUUGUUUUUGUUAGUGUUGCCCCUUUUUUAAGCAGAAUUGUUUUUAUCAGUGUAAAAUAUGUCUUGAACACGAGUUUUAAUAGAUGUGCCAACAUGAAGUUGUGCCACUAUUGACCGUAAACUGGUUCUCCUUUAUAUUGUUUGUUUUAAGAUAAUAAAAUGAAUAUUGUUUACUUGA